CUGCUACUGGCACUCGUACAUUCUUGGGACUUCACAUACGAAGGUGCGAUGUCCACCGUCAUGUCCAGCGACGCGAGCCGCCCCGGAAUCCAACCGGCAGAACUAGCUCACGUCGAUCAAUGGGAUGAACCGUCCGCGGCUGGACCAUACCGAGUAAAGCCGGCGAUUAUUGUGUCUUGGCCGUGCAUUAGGGACCCUUGUUUAAUGAGGCGGCGCACUUACUACUGUAUGCAGCUGUCAAUACUGCUUACAGAGAGUAUGAGCCUGAUACGAUCUAUACGAGGCCGCUAUACCUCUGUGCUCCGCGAACUCUGCAAGCCACAGGAGGAUUCGGGACGAUUGAGUACUGGAACGAUCUUUUCUAGGCGGGAUUAUGACCAAGCAGUGAGCGCAGUGCGCACAUCCUACUACAAAACAGGCAGAGAUCAAACGCCUUUUUGCUGGGUAUAUUUCCGGUUUCUGGACCUGCCAUCAGGCAUUGACACACGCGCGGCCUGUCUGGAUAAAACACGUACAGAGUACUGCUGCUGUCUGCUCGCGUGCCUGUCUGAGCGCCGAACUCAAACCCUGUGAAAGCGGGAUCUCCAGCUUACCUACC